GGUCACCGAAGGAUAGCAACAAUGGUUUGGCGCGAAACACCCUAAAAAACCGGAACGGGACGAGCUAUUUUUGACGUCACUGCCUCCUUCAAUAACCCCUUUCUUCACCAACAGACCCUCCAGUCAUCAAAUUUUCAUCCAGAUUUCCUCUCUCCAGACGGAAGAGGCGAAACCACAUGUCUAGCAGUCUCGCUAUCAGCGCCACCUUUUCGAGAUGACGUCACCACCCACGGAAAACGCGAACGCCAUGACGUCACCAGGCACGUCGUCGGCAACUACCAAGUCUUUUCAGGACCUGAGCUACAUGCACCGACCGCCGGCCAUCAUGCCUAAUUAUGGCAAAAAAUAUGGAACUGGAUUAAAGUUGAAGACUAACGUUCCCAGAGUUCUUCUGUAUGACAACGUGACACAACAAACUAUCCUUGACGUGCAACUGUCAGGCCUGGAGUCACAGCAGUGCAAAAUCAGUCGAGAGUUUGAGAUGCACAUAAGGUCCUUCCAGCAACAGCGACAAUUUCGGGACAAAGCUCUGAAAAACCUUACCAAAGUCCACCAUUCAGACGACUAUGAAGAAUUCGAGCGAGAAUUUUAUAGCAAUUUAGACAAUAAUGAUAAUAGUUUCUUGCCCAGUAUUAGUCUAAGUAAUGGCAGUGCACUUAAAAAUAAGCGCAAAAGAAAGAACAAGAAAACUUUAAGUGCCAGUUUUAAUGCUCAUGACAAACAGCAUUAUUCUCCUCAAAUCAAUGGAUUUAGUGAAAUUGAAAGUGAAACGCCCAGGAAAAAUUCGAACACUCUCCCUGCCAUCGACACAGCGUCUACUCCUUCUUUAGUCUCCGCUAAAGGCCAAGAUCUAGAAGUGACCUCUACACAACAUUUUGAGCCAAAGAGGCGCGUCGGUUUCCGAGUUGAGAAAUCAUCAUCUGGGGUUACAAGAAUUUUCCAUGCUUUGCCAACAGGGGACCAAGCAGACUCGUCAAAUGAGCCGACUCUUCAGAACGGAGAAAACUCACAAGAAAACCCGGAGAAAGAAACGAGGGACGCUAGUGAGCCGGAUAUUUCAAACACCUCGGUCCCGAUGGAUACUAGUGCUAGUGAAGCUGAAAACGUUCUUCUCACAGAAGAUCCUGGUCAUAGUCAAGGUCAUGGUCAUGCUGCUGACCAGGUGAUGGAAAACGCCGACGUGUCUACAGGCGGAAAGCGUGAGCCUUUGCUAGACCGGCGCUUCGAGAUGCUGAGGAGACUGCUGAUCCCACAGGAACCACCCAAUGAAGGUUAUACAGAACUUAGCCCAAGUUUCCCUAGGCGGUACCCAAAUUUGUCUGCCCUUGAUGAGUUUGGUCGUAUUCCUGUCGCUAGAGGAAGGAAAAGGAAGAAGAAGAAGGGAAAAAGGAAACUUGGUGACCUACAAAACUGCCUGUCUGAUGACGACACUUCUUCGUUAUCCGACGAGCAUUCAUCAGAUUCCGAGGAUGAAGAGAACCCAAAUGCGUCCGAAGCUCGAGCGAACAGUGGUCUGAUCAGAUUAGGACAGUUCUAGCCGUCAGUGGGAGGAGUACGCCAUGCUUUUGUAAUGAUCGUAAGGAGAUUCAGGAGGCACACAACUAUGUAAAAGUAGGAGAACUCAAUUAGAAAUAUUUGAUAACCUGACAUUGAUCAAAACAACAUUUCUGAAAAUUUUGCUUAGUAUAGGUCACCUUGACACUAAGGUUAUAUAUUAUGUCGUAUCGGGCGUCUCAGCGCUAACUGCUUUGCACUGAGGUGUGUUUUUUAAAUCAGGUUUUAAUUGUUUUUUUUAUAGUGCUUGGUUACUCUGCUGUCCCGAGGUAGAACAACGCAUCUGACGAAAUCGACUUUUAGUUUUACUGGUUUGUAACACUAGGCUAUCCUAGAAUUACAACGUUCUAUCUGCUCAGAGUACCUAGUUUUGUUGAGGAAUUUGAGUUAACAAUUUUUUUUGUUUUACAGCAUAUCAAGUUUUUCUGAAUGCAAUUUUUGAAAUAUCAUGAUAACGACUCCGAACGAUUUUAUGAUUAUGAUAAAGCAGAUAGAACAUUUUGUUUCUGACCCUAUGGUCUCCGUAACUCAAAAUGGCUCAAAGUGUCAUAUAGAAUUGUGUAAUUCUAAGGUAGCGACUAGCCUUGCCCAUAUCCUUUUUUGUCACGUCAGGACUAAGUAUCUACAUUCGAAAAA